UGAACCGCUUCUGUGCAGCCUCCAAUAACCGGACAGGCUUCUUGUGCGAUGACAGAGCGACCUGUGUCCCGGCCCGCCAGGUCCUUGAGCACGUGUCCUGUCUGUCCGCCCUUGCAGGUGACUUGCCCCGCAGCCUUCCGGGAUACCUGGUUUUCCGCUGCAGUAACCCCGCGUACUGGGUCUAUGCCGAUCAGAGGUGUAAUGGGAUGAACAACUGCGGAGACUGCUCUGACGAGAUGGGCAGCUUGGCCACCUGCCCCCCAUGCGGGUCGGAGUGGUGGAGCUGCAGCCCUGUGCUCUACGAGUACUGCUCCUGCGUCCCCAGGAGGCUGUGCCGGGAUGGCGUCCAGCACUGCCUCAGCUGGUCCGAUGAGUAUAUCUGCAGACCGUGA